AGCCGCCGGAAUUUUCGCCGGAAAUUUCCAAAAGUCGCCGGAGUUCAAACGAAGAGGAUAAAAGCUCGCUAGCGUCAUUUCGAGAUCUGUCUACAAGGACGCAUAUUGGAGCGGGUAGACGACACGGAGGAGUAUAUUAUUUUCACGGUUUGGAUACAGUGGUUGCGCACCAAAUAACGAAGCAUGACUCAAGUGACUUGUGGCACUCUCAGUUAGGACACCCGUCCUUAAAAGUGAUGUGUUCUAUAUUUCGUUUUAAUAAAUUUGGAUUUGUUGAUGAUUUGAAUAAAGUAUGUGAUGCAUGUUUGAGAGGUAAACAGACUCGAGAAAUGUUUCAACUUAAUAAUACUAGAG